CUAUCUCCCAGCAAACAUUGCUGCUCCCGUCCAUCGACACUUCAUUUCCACACUGGUUAGGAUACAAAUGUCAGACUUGUUGUUUUCUAGUGGAUAGCACCGGGCUACUUUGUUGGAGUUUACAAAACGUACUGUAACGGAGGUUACUCUGGAGCAGGACAUGCCAACUAUAAUAGACUGUGUAAGGUCAACUCUGCUCAGUUAGGAGAAGCUAGUUCCUGAGCUAACAGAAGAUGGAAGCUAACCUGGUUUGUUAGCAUCCUCUCAUCCAUGGGAAUCACAUUAAUAUGAACUAGUUAACUUUAUAUCAGUACGUGAGACUGAGAGCAUCGGGUGUUCUGCUAUUUCUGUCCCUAAGCAAAGGAUAUUUUCAGAGGAACUCCGGUGAUGGAAGAAGUUGAUAAAAUUUUGAUUCACGCCCUUAAACAAGUCGGCACAGAGGUGGGCGAGGAGGUGGAUAGUGUCAAACAGUUUAACAGUGAGCUGAUAGUGGAGGCGGUGGUCAGAUGUAUCCGGGUGAUCGAUCCGGGUCUGGGCAGCACGCUGCCGACAUCCCUGCCUCCCGGCAUGUCCGCCCGCUUCAGGGUGGGCAUGAGCCUUGCACAGGCCUGUCAGGACAUUGGGUAUAAAGGAGAAAUAGGCUACCAGACCUUUCUGUACAGCAAUGAACCAGAGAUCCGUACACUGCUCAUGUUCCUGGUGGAGAAGCUCCCCAGAGAGAGUGCUGAGGCCUCAGACCAGCCAUCAGGUAAAUCGGUGGUCCUGCAAAGAGCCAUCGCUGCUACAAUAAAAGCCCAGCUGUCUGUGCCCUGGUUACCUCCAAACUGCCAACUGCCACUGCACAGCGAAUCCCAAGGUCCGACAACACUGCACAGCUUCCACGCACAGCCCCUCCAUUUAGCCCACUGUUCUAAAGGUGCAGAGACAAAGCUGCUCAAAGAGGUGAUGGAGUACCAACGGCACAUUCUCCGUCCUGUGACUGCCCAGCCUUCUCAUCAUGUCUCUGUGGCGGCGUCCAUACUGGAGCAACACACGUCAGAGUUGAGUGCUGCUCAGGAGUGGGACAUGGAGUGGAACAGUCAGGGACUCCUGUCUCGUCUCACACCGCAGGAAUACCAUUCUAGAAAGCUCAGUCGCCUGCAUAAACGUAUUGAGGAGCAGCUGCGCUCUGCUGCACAGCCUUGUCCUGAAAGUGCCUUUGGAGGCCCUCGCUCUACCUCUGACCUGUUGGAGCUUCUUCAGGCCUUUAGAGGCCCCACCCCUGCUGAUCACAUCCUGACCAAGGGCACCCACUUCACCCACACCCAAAAAUUUACUUUCACUCAGGAGGUGGAAACAAUAAGUACUCCACUCCCCACCGGACGUCAGCUAGAGGGUGACAUCCAGCUCCGGCAGCAGGAGGAGCUGUCGUCUCUGCAGAAGCAGUUCCAGCAGCUCUGCAACGACAUCAAUGACAUAACAGCAGAGAUAAAGCACAGGACUGUCACUAAUGCACAGGUGUUGGAUGAGUUGAAGCAAAGACAAGUUGGAAACAGUGAAAAAGAAGAGAAAGUGCAGGUGAAGAAGAAAGCAAUUGACCUGCUGCCAGAGGCUGACAAUAACCUAGAAAAGCUUCAGGCUCUGGUGGAGGCCAGCGCCAAGCGGGUGGUGAACCUGGCAUCGCAGUGGGAGAAACACCGGGCGCCUCUUAUUGAAGAGCACCGCAGACUCAAAGAAAUCUGCAGCAACAAGGAUCUGGAAUCUUCUCAAAAAUUGUCAGAAAUCAAGUCCCUGCACGACAAAAUCCGUGUUUCCACAGAAGAGGCUAAGAGGAAAGAAGAAAUGUAUAAACAGCUGGUAACUGAAUUAGAAAGUCUUCCUCAGGAUGUGUCUCGAUCUGCAUACACUCAGAGGAUUCUGGAGAUUGUCAGCAACAUCAAGAAACAGAAGGAAGAGAUCACAAAGAUUUUGUCAGACACUAAGGAAUUACAGAAAGAGAUCAACAGCCUGACAGGUAAACUGGACAGGACGUUUGCAGUGACUGAUGAGCUGGUGUUCAAGGAUGCCAAAAAAGAUGAAUCUGUCCGCAAAUCAUACAAGUACCUGGCUGCCCUACAUGAAAACUGCAAUCAGUUGAUCCAAACUAUUGAAGACACGGGCACUAUUUUAAGAGAGAUUCGAGAUCUGGAAGAACAGAUUGAGGCAGAAAAUGGUAAUAAAACUGUGGCUAACCUGGAGAGGAUUCUGGACGACUAUAAGGCUAUUCGACAGGAGAACUCUGUACUUGCUGCCAAAGUGCGAGAAGGCUGAGAGCAGCCCGGUUCGGCCUGUGCAAGUAACCAUCUAACGGACUGAAGCAUCACUGAAGUGGCUGCUCUGGACGUCAUAGUAAAUCAUUACAUAAAAGUGAAAUCUGUGAUUUUUGAAUUUUUAAUACAAAAAUUGUCCACACUAUUUUCAGACAGUAGCAGUCCUUUCCUCGUGAUUACAAAUGACUGGAUAUGUUGAGCGAAUGGCAUUUGAAUGUAGUCCCAUUUAUAAUGUUGUCUAGCUCCAUCAGCAAAGUAUUGUUGUAUAUAUGGUAUCAGCUUAAAUAAAGAUGCCUUAUGAACCCCUC